GUGACAGCUGAUUUCUAUGAAUCACUUUACCAUGAUCAAAUUUACUUAAUAAUUUGUUGCAGGUAUUCAAAUUUUUGCAGGAAAAGAAGAAGUGAAAGCAUUGUUUAUUUUCAUAUAUAUUCAUUAUUUAGUUUAUUUGUAUUUAAUUGUAAAUUUUCCUUUGUUCAUCUAGGUAUAUAUGAGCAACAGCAAAUUGUUGAAGUAUUUAGAAAGACCAAUUAUAUCCAAGUCUGUAGUUAGUAGAUCAAUAUUAAUUAGUGAUAGUAAGGGUUAUUAUUUAAAGAAACAUUUAGAUUUGUUGAAACAUAAUAGAUUAUUUGUGCAAUUUGAAUGUAGACCAGGAGCUCGUUUCGCCGAUUUCUAUCCGUGGCUGAAAAGAAACUUACCGGGUUUUGUACAGCAAUACGGCCAGAUUACGCUUUAUAUUUGGCUGGGAACUUGUGAUAUUACUCGGAAGUCAGGAAAAUAUAUUGAUUUAAGGGAAAUUAGGAAGGUACAAGAGGAAAUAACAUCACAAAGGAGUACUGGGACAACAAAGCAAGCAAGACAGGUAUUUCAACAGGCAGAGAGAGCAGAGACUACUACAUCAUCAACAGACCUGCAGAAAGAAAUACAGACAAUGGUAAGGACAAUGGAAAGGUUAGAACAGAAAAUUGACAGUAAUGCAAAAAGUUUCCAACAAUUGAACAAAAGAGUUUAUGAAUUAGAAAGUAAUACACAGAGACAACAAAGUUUUUAUUCAAAUAGAGGUUCGUUUACAAGGGGUAGGUUCAACUACUCAAACAGAGGUUUUGGUCGAGGUCGUGGUCAAAGUCAAGGUCAAAAUCAAGGUCAAAACCAAGGUCAGAGUCAGGGUCAGAGUCAGGGUCAAAGUCAAUACAAACCAUCCCAAGUUGGACAGAAUUCAAAAAAAUACUAA